GGCGCUGUGUUUUUGGCGUGAAUCACUUGAGUGUCGGGCCCUUAGCGAGUCGCAUUAAUCAGUUGCAAGACGAUCGAUUAACUGGCAACAACUGUGUUGCCUCCGCCGCGUGCAACUGACUCUCCGGUGGCGCUUUUCCCCUCGCACCUUCCACGAUAAAUUUCAAACAAAUUCAAAGUGAUAAAGUGUUGAAAAAUAUUUUUGCACGAGGAAAAUUCAAAAAUCAUUUGGCAAAAUUUACGGAAUUUUCUUAUUUGUUUUUGGCUGAAAUUUCCUCAACAAAAAAAUUUCGCAUGCGAAGAAAAUUUCGUUAAUUGAAUUACCUAAUCAGUUGCUAUUUUGCCCUGAGUGCCGCGAGAGUGAGUGCCCCAAGUGAGUGCGUGGUGAAUUUUAUAUAAUACGUAGAAGAAUCAACACACACUCCCAGUGCAUUUGUGACUGGCGAGGAUUACGCAAGCACCAUCAUGGCAGCUGACGAAGCGCUCACCGGUGUCGGGGAGCUGCUCUUCUCCCUGCUCAUCGGCUAUUUGGGUGCCCUAGAGUUUGCCUUUGUUGCCCAGCAUCUUUACCACUGGACAUGCCGGCAUCCCAACACGCAGCAAGGAGUGGAUGCAGCUGCCGAUGCAGAAGAGUUGCCACGUUUGCGUGACCGACUGGACAAGGAGUUGGCCGAGGCUGCAGCUCGGGAGGCGGCAGCGGGCAGCAAUGUGAUGCAGGAUGGAGUGGCCUAUAGUAAUGGCUUCCGUGUGGAAUCGCCAGAGGAUAAACGCAAGGCGUUGGCUGCCGAAUUGGAGCGACAGCGGCACAUUGAGGAGGAGACACGCAAACAGCUCGCGGAGGCCGAAGCUAAAUUGGCCGAGGAGCGACAGCGACAGCAGUUGGCAGCCGAGGCUGCGGAGGCAGCAGAAAGCGAACGCAAGCUGUUAGAGGCGGAAAAACAACGCGCGGCCGAGCAGCGAGAGCGUGAGGAAAACGAAAGAAAAGCCAGGGAACGCGAAGAGCAGGAAAGACAAGAGAACGAGCGAAAAUUGUUGGAAGCGGAAAGGCAACGUGAGGAGAAUGAGCGUAGAAUACAAGCAGAAGAGGAGGAGAAACGGCAACGCGAAAUAGAGGAAAGUGCCAGACAACGCAGAGAGGCAGAAGAACAACGCGAACGAGAGGAGAAUGAAAGAAAACUGCGCGAGGCUGAAGAGCAACGACUUGAGGAAGAACGUCAGAGAGAACUGCAAGAGGCUGAGACGCUACGUCAAAAGGAACUUCAAGAGGAAGCGGAACGGCAACAAAAACUGCAGGAGGAGGCGCAAGCGGAGGUUGAGCGACAACUGUUGCAGCUGGAUGAUGAGGAUGAGCAGGCUAGGCGAGAUGCCGAGAUUGUGGAGCGAUUGCUGGCCGCAGAGCGAGAACGGAAGUUAAGUGCCACGGAAAGUGAACUCGAAGAGGAAGCCAUUGCCUUAGAACAGUCACGUCGCAUAGCCGCCAGCAAAACGGAUCUCGAGCGCAAGCAAAAAUCAAUUGAGGAGAACGCACGUCUCUUUAUGGAGGCCGAGGAGGAAAUGGUGAUGCUGCAUCAGCGCAUGCUGCAGGCAGCCCAAGAGGAAGAGCAAUCACUUUAUGCGGGCGCCGUACCUGUGGUGGAAGAACCUUGCAUCAAGAAGCUCGUGCCGCCUCGCUUCGAGGAGCCGGAACAGGAAUGCGAAGAGCCUCUCGUGGUGCAGCGUGUGAAGACACAGCUUGGUCAAGGCAGCGGCGGCGAGGAGCCCUACAUGGUCAAAUCGAAGACUCUCACGUUUCCCGGUGUCUCCGAUGAGGGUUCUUCGGUGGAGCCCAUUUCCAGCCAACAGUCCUCGUUCAGCACACAACCCUCCGAGGAGCGUUCGCGCCAGCAAACAGAGGAGGAGCGUCAGGAACCAGAAGGCGAAGACAAUGUGCCCGAUGUGCAGUACACCGAAGACUAUUUGCGCUCCCUGGAUGGCAUCAAGAGUCGUCCUCUGAUUAGGGAAGAUGGUUCGGGUCGUCGUCGUGCUUUUAAAAAGCGACGUUCGAGCGGCAGUUCGAAUUCAUCGCGUGAUUCACGCGCCUCACGUGACGAGGAGUUAAAAAUGUUUACAUCCUUAGAGGAAGAGGAGCUGCGUCACGGCGACAAGGCUGACUAUAAUCCCAUCAAGUAUACGACAGAGCCCACGUUGCGCGUUAAAUCUCAUCACAGGCGCCACAAACGCAGUCCAGCGAAGGAUGCCAAGCCACCGGCGGAUGUUACCAGUUCGCUGGAAAUGCUUGGCGAGGAAAGCACAAAUCCUUGGGGUGAAGUGAUGCCGGAGCACUACAAGGACACGGAAUUCUGGAAGCGGGAGAAGGCUUUAUCUAUUGACGAGGAAGAGUUGGAUCUGGAGAAACGCGCUUCGGGCGAAGAGGUGCUCGAUUUGCCCAAGAACAAACCGAAUGCAUCCUCGUUCGAGGAAGCGACAGACGAACAAAAUGAGCUGGCGGCCAACACGUUAAGACAACAGCACUCUAAGGAGCAAUUGGACAAGGAGAGCACGGAGAGCUCUAAGGCGACGGAGCCAUCGAGCAGCAGCAGCGACAUCAAAUCCAAUCUGCAAACCUCUAGUGCAACAGAGGAGCAGCCGCGACGCAGCUCACCUGGGCUGCGACGCAGUCCACGUAUCGACGAAAUGGAUCACUACGAGGAGCGUUGGCGCCAAUCGGAGCAGCAGGCAACUCAACCUUCCAGUCAGCCGCAAACUCCGAGCAUCUCCGUGCAGCAACCGGACACGGCUCCUUGGCGCGAUCAGUACGGUCUGCUCAUGGAGGGAAUCAGCGAUUUUUACGACUUUACCGCUUCGGUGAAUCCCUCACGUUCUCGCUCCACAUCGCGUAAUCCAUCGCCACAACCCAAGAACGUAGCAAAUCGCAUGGAUGUCGAUGAGCAGCAUACUUUGGAGGUCUACGAUGAUACAGCGGAUGGGCUAGUGGCCGGAGAAUUGAAUUGUGAGCUAGUGCUACAAAUGCUAGAGACUACAAUCAACGGAACUGAGAUGAAAGUGGAGCAACUCAAGCUGCAGAAUGUUGCUGAUGAUGUACAGAAUGGUUGCCAGCAUAUGGUGACCAUGGUCUAUGAGGAUGAGCGUUCAUCGCAGCCACGGACAGUUGCUGAACUAGAGCAGAGUAUUCAGCAGAAAGACCAGGUUGUGGACGGCACAUCAAUGGAUCUGGAGGAGCAGGUAUCGGAACCCCAAGCGGAGCAGCAAGUGGAGCAUCAAUUGAGCGUGGUUAUUCCACAACCCGUCAUCGAAAUUAACGCUUUGGUUGAUGAGCAAAUGGAGAACUCUGAGCCGGUUCCAACACGCGAGGAGAUGCGUCUGUUUGUUGAGACCAUGAGAGCUCAACGUAAUUCGCGUUCCCGUUCUCGCUCCAUAUCGCCAUUACCUACGUCAGAUAAUAUUGCACGAAGCCUCGAGACACGACGUCAAAAGCGCAUCAGACAAAACGAUGAGUUGUUCGAAAAGCUGCAGCAAGAGGAGCUGCAGCGAAGUAACUCGACAUCGCCGAUACCACCAGAGGAACUUCCUAAGGCCAAAAGUCCUUCUCCCUCGACUUCACCUUUGCCAGUUGAGCCAGCAACUCCACUUGCCCCUUUCCCAGUCGUGCCCACCAUUUCCAUAGAAGUUAUGGAAGAUCCCGAUGUGGAAAAAGAGCCUGAGGAUACUCCUGAAUCAAUGGCUCGACUCUUUGAGCAGCUGCGCUUGAAUCGCUGUCGUUCGCACUCUCGUUCUCGCUCCAGAUCUCCAUUGCCCAGUGCUGCCAAUCUUGAGCACAGUCUGCAGAAGCGACGUGAGAAGUUGAUAGCGCAAAACGACACUUUCUUUGCUCAGCUGGAGGAGCGUGCCAAAACUCCAGAGCCCGAGAGGCGUCUCGUUGUAGAGCAUCGUUACGAAUAUGUUGAAUCCACUGAGCUUGAAGUGAAAGUUGAGGGUCGGGAUAUGCGUUCUCUGUCUCCGUCUCGUUCACGGUCCAUGUCACCACCGUCUGAGGAGGAUAAUUCGCAACAGUUUCAUCUUAUGCUCAAUUUGGAGGGAUCGGAAGCAAGAACACUCCGACAGCAUAGCCAGGAGUUAGAGAGGCUGCUCAACCUAGAGACUGCAGAGGAAAGGCAGGAGUUAGAGGAGUUGCUCGUCAUGGAAGAUUCCGAGCAUAGUCAGGAGUUGGAACUGCUACUGAAAAGCAAUGCGAAACAACGCGAGGUUGACUUGGAGGCGCUACAGAAGUUCAACACAGCCAACGAGGAGAUGGAGCUACGUUUGAUGUCGCCCCCGAAGUCAGAGCAGUCGAGCGACUAUGAACGGAGUUUUUCUGAAGCAGCGCGCGAUCUUAAGGAUGAACUACAUGUAAGCGGUUUUAAGCGAUCCACCUAUGUUGGCGAAUCCCUCGACAUGGGAAGUGAGUUCGAACAACUGCGUGAGGAGGCCGCUCAUUUUAGACGUUCGCGCAGUCCCUCGCCUUCAAUGGAUCUAGAUGUGGCUAGGGAGCAGGCAGCAGCACAACGCGAGCUCCAGGCAGCUAUACUGAACUCGCUAGUAACAGCCAGUGGAGAGGAUGCAGAGAAUCGACUCGGUGCCAAGCCAAAGACGACCGAGUAUGAAAGGACUUUCUCCGAGGAAGUGAAGGAUACGCAGCGCAUGAAGGAGGAGGCGCUAGCCAGUGGCUUUAAGCGAUCCACCUAUGUGGGAGAGUCGAUAGAUUUGGGUAUCACAUCUCAACUGGAUGAUCUGCGUCAUCGCACUGCGGAAUUUAAUCGCUCCCGCAGUCAGAGUCGUUCGCCAGUUAGGGAUGAAAUGGAUGCACAUGCUCUAAAAAACAUUGAGGCCGAGGCAGCUAAGCGAGAGCUCCAGGAUCAGUUGCUUGACCAGUUGGUUGCUUCCAGUGGAAACUUUCAGGACUUUUCGCGUCACCUUAAUGCGGAUUUUCUUGAGAGCGAGCGACGUGCGUCGGAUUCGGCUUUAAUUCAGCUAGAUCCCUUUGCCUACCUAGAUCCUGAAGAAUAUCAUCACUUUAGACGAUACUCCUUAGCUCAGGAGCAACCUGUGGAAGAGUAUCCUAGUGAUGAGUGUGUUUAUAUAUCUCAAAUCGAAGUGCGCUCAUUAACGGGUAAAAGAACUUGGCUUAAAGAGGAUUUCUAUACCCAGGACUUGGCCGACUUGGAGUUGAGCCUUACCGAAGAGAAAGAGAAAAGGUCGGAAUAUCUAACGGAGGGCUCCUGGGCACGUGCUGUUUUGGCUGCGGAAGCAGAAGCAGCAGAGUUUGAUGAGACGAGCGCCAUCUACAAUUACGACAUAAUUGGGGAUUACCCAGUAAUGGACGAACUCAGCACGAAUGAUAGCGAUGAUGAACGUCAAACUGUUGUGGAAAUUGACGAUGAUGAUGAGUACGAAUUUGAGUUGGACGAAGGCAUUUCGGACAACAAUGAGCGCACUCAGCCUACAGAUGAAUCGCAUCACGAUACCUCCGAGUGCGAAGAGGCCGAAAGGAACGCCGAUCGUUAUGCCAAUCGAGGUGCGGAUGAUUGGGAAGAGGUCGAGCAUGUGGAAGACUUACCUGACUACAAUAUAGACGAUGGCGCUGUGGGUGGCGCCUUCUCCGAUCCGGACUUUUACAUCGAACAGAUCUACAAUGAUGCGGUAAAGAAUCGCAAGCAGUCGGGAAUACUGCGGGAAUACGAGACAAUGAUACAGGAACAAUUGACAGCAGAGAAUGCAGAUCAAAGUGAGUCCGAAAAAGAUAAAUCCAGCUCAGACAGCGAGCGCUAUGCACUGUGGGCCAAAACUAGAGAACUGGAUAGAUCCGAGGAGCAUCAAAGACAUCACAAGGAAAUUGACAUCUCUAUUGGUCUGCUGGAAAGUGAACGCCGUGAUACCGAUAUGCGUUAUCUAGGUGAUGCUCAAGGUGCGGCAAGACAAUCGACUCGCUUACGCACUCGAUACGGCUACAGCCCGAAGUUGCAGGUUGACGUGGUCGACGAUGACAUUGAGGUAGACUUAAAUUAUAAGCCAAAGCGUGAGUACAACUGGCGUAAGAACUUUAAGCUGGAUGAUAAUGAGCCAACAGAAACUGUGGAGAAAACAGCUAACGAUCAGGAGGAUGACCUGGAAGCAAAGCAUUCUGAGGAACAGCAUGUAGAUAAGGAACAAGUUGAGCUUUUGGCUGAACAGCAGCUUACUUACGAGGGCGGAGAAAAUCUUGGAGAAUCCCUGGACUUGCGUCGUAUUAGUUUAGGCGGCGAAAGUAUAACGCUUUUUAGUCGUAGCCCAGAGAGGGAGAAAUUAGCCGAUGUGCCUGAGGAAGGGCAGCCAGAGCUGGAGAACGGCGAAGUGAAUGGUCAGCACCAGCAGGAAGAUGAGCAGCUGCCAAUUGAAGAACCUCUAAAUGAAAAACCUAAAAAGAAGAAGAGCAAGAAGAAGUCACGCAAGGGCUCGAAGACCGAAGAGGAACUGCGCGAUGACAACGACUCGGACAAUCAGCAAUACGAUCGACGCAGUUCGGCGACCCGAGAAGAUCAAGAAUGCAACACAGAAGCACCCAAACGCAAAGUACGCUCCCGACGCAGUUCCAAGAGCAGUGGGAAUAAUGAGGAACUCAAUGGAGCGCUCUUCUCACCCAGAAGCAGCAUAGGCUUUGUGACUGAGGCACUCGAGGGCAUUGCCGAGUUCGAUCCCCCUGAUGAAAAUGCCUCAAAGAAGAAGACCAAGAAACGGAAGAAGCUAUCGAAGGAACCCAAGGAGCAGAUCAGUGUGGAGCAACCGGAGGAGGAGGAUAUCGAUCGGGCAUUGGCUGCAGCACUCGCCGAGAUUGCGCCCGUCACAGUGUCCGUCUCCGCAAAUCUAACGCCAGCUUCAACUCAGCAGAAUCUGCUCUCUAGCAUCAGCGUGGGACACAGUCUUUGUCUGACACCAGCCUCAUCCUUUGAGGAGCCAAUGCCGAGCACCGAGGUGGAAAAUAAUCAGGAGACAUCUGCGGUGGCGCCAGCUCGCUCUGUUGUGGAUACAUUUGACAUACUGAAGGACGCCAAUUUCUAUCCGCUUUUUUAGCUAACUGCUAUCGAGAUUGCAUGCUUAACAAUUUCUAUAUUAUACGAUACGAUUUAUUAUACGAUUAUACGAUUCAGUUACAUUUGAUUAAACUCUUUAUUUGUUUCUUAUAGACAUGUUCAUAAAGCCCAAUGCCAAAUGCCAAACAAAACCCAAAAAUACCGUGCACGCUGUACAAAUCAAUCCACAAAAACUAUUUAGCACCCAUUGUAGAUCGCAUCGAAUUGAAUCGAAUGGGAGUGGAAGUCUCCCGAUCCUGAUCCUGAUCCAUAUUAUCGACAAAUUGGAAUUGUUAAUUACAAAACUUGUCUGUCUUAAGUAUGUGUUAUGGGCACGAUUAAAUAUGUAUAUUUAUGUAUUUAAAUAAAAGUAACGACCAAAUAAAAUUAACCACGAUAUUUGACAAUAAAAACAAAUAUA